CCUGUGUCGGUCGAGGCUAACUGCCGAGAGACACUAUGGCGGCCUCCUUGGUGCGCGCACUCUUGUUGUCCUUGUUGUUGUUAUCAGUGUCCUGUGCUCCUGUGUCUGAUACGGAUAAUAAGGAGGACAUCGUAUUCGCUAAAGACUUCAUGUCCCGGUUCGGUUACUUGGACAGCGGAGACUCCGAUUCCGAGUUGCUGGUCAGAGUGGAGUUAGCCAUUAAAGAUGUCCAGAAAUUUGGAAAUAUUAAACAAACUGGAGUGCUGGACAACGCGACUAUACAGCUGAUGAAGUCCCCAAGAUGUGGGUUGCCUGAUAUCUUGCCUUCCAAGCCAAAUCGCACCAAAAGGUACAUCCUCGGUCCAACACAGGGAUGGACAAAACGGCAACUCACUUACUUUAUUGCCAACUGGAGUCCGCAGAUAGGGAAAGAAGCUGUGAGAACUGAGUUGCAGCGAGCGCUGGCAGCCUGGUCUCGUUACAGCAGGCUCUCGUUCCGAGAGGUCUUUUCACCAGAGGCAGACAUCAUUGUUGCUUUCGGCAGUGGUUACCAUGGUGACUCGUAA